GCCUAAGAGUAGGUUUGCCCGUGAGAGCCAGCACAAUUCUCAUUCUUCCCCUUCCAGACCAUCUCCAUUGCAUCGUUCCGUUUAUCGUAAAAGUCAACGUCCCAUCUGAGAUCGCGUGUUCGCAUAGAGCUAGCUGUUGAAAACAGGCCGAAGUUGGGAGAGUCUGGGGACAGGAUGGUCUCCGAAGACUACGUCAAAGAUGACCAUCCGGAUACAAUAGUGCCAGAGACGGGCCCCAAGAAGACGUGGUCCGAUCGUCGAAGAGGAUUCAUCAAGGCAUUCACGACGAGAGAAGGCCUCAUAGGCAAUUACGACUAUGUGUUCUUGUUCACGCCGAACAUUCCCUUCAUGAAGCGCAGCCGUCGAUCUGCUGCCCCCUUCUUUGGUCUCCAUGAUACCAUGCCGGUCUUCCUCGCACUGCUUCUGGGACUCCAGCACGCUUUGGCAAUGCUCGCAGGAAUCAUCAGUCCUCCCAUUAUCCUUUCGGGAGCGGCGAACUUGACUGGUGAGGUGCAGAAUUAUCUCGUCAGCACGGCACUCAUUGUUUGCGCAUGCCUAUCCGUCAUCCAAAUCACUCGCUUUCAUAUCUGGAAGACGCCCUAUCAUCUCGGAACGGGCUUAAUCUCCGUCGUUGGAGUCUCCUUCUCAACGAUCCCGGUCGCGACGGGAGCAUUAUCGCAAAUGUAUGCAAACGGGUACUGUCCUACAGCGGCGGAUGGAACGCAAUUACCAUGUCCUCGUGGCUACGGAGCCAUUUUGGGAACACAAUGUGUCUGCGCACUUCUGGAAGUGUUCAUGUCGUUCAUUCCUCCCCGAUGGCUGAAGAAGAUAUUUCCGCCCCUUGUGACGGGGCCUACGGUACUGCUCAUUGGCGUUGCACUCAUCACGACUGGUAUGGAGAAUUGGGCGGGCGGCACAGGAAGCUGUAUGUCGAGGCCUGAAAGUGGCAUCUAUCAGCUUUGCCCCAAUACUAACGCUCCGCACGCAUUGCCAUGGGGCAGCGCUGAGUUCAUUGGAUUGGGUUUCUUGGUUUUUGUGACUAUCAUCAUGUGCGAAAGAUUUGGCGCACCUAUCAUGAAGAGUUGCUCAGUAGUCCUUGGAUUGCUAGUUGGCUGCAUUGUUGCAGCAGCUUGUGGUUACUUUGAUCGAUCCGGCAUCGACGCAGCUCCUGUUGCCAGCUUCAUCUGGGUGCACACGUUCCCAUUGUCAAUCUACGGACCUAUUGUUCUACCUUUACUGGCAGUCUAUAUCGUGCUCACCAUGGAGACAAUCGGAGAUGUGACAGCAACCUGCGAUGUCAGUAAGCUCCAAGUUGAUGGCCCCAUGUUCGACAGCAGAAUUCAAGGGGGUGUAUUAGCAGACGGCAUCAACGGCAUCCUCGCUGGAUUGUGCACCAUCACACCCAUGUCUGUCUUCGCUCAGAACAAUGGUGUGAUCGCACUGACGAGAUGCGCCAACCGCAAGGCUGGCUAUGCUUGCUGUUUCUGGCUACUCAUCAUGGGCAUAUUUGCCAAAUUCGCAGCAGCUCUGGUAGCCAUCCCAUCAUCCGUACUCGGCGGCAUGACCACAUUCUUGUUUUCUGCAGUCGCAGUCGCGGGUAUCCGCAUCAUGUCGACAAUGCCAUGGACGCGACGAAACAGGUUCAUUUUGACAGCUGCGCUGGCUCCAGGAUUUGGCGCAACAUUGGUACCGACUUGGUUCUCCUACGUCUUCACAUACACUGGUGACAAUCACGCUCUCACCGGCUUUUUUAACGCGAUAUCGCUUGUGAUGGAGACAGGUUUUGCUGUCGUAGCUUUUCUGGCUCUGAUACUCAACUUGCUUCUGCCAGAAGAAGACGAGGACGAAGACAUUCCUGAGUUGACAGCAAAUACUGCCGACGAGCAGGAUGAUGCGGAGGAGUGGGAUCGAAUACGAGCGGUUCGUGAUGGUACAUCUAGCAGUGAGCCCAAGGGCACAGCAUCCUAAGGUGCUUAUCCACGAUCAAAACAUCCAAACUAUUAUCGUACGAAUUCCCUGAAG